AUGGAAAAUCAAGCCCACGAUAGCGGUAGUAGGCGCAGCGGUGGUUCGGAAACUGAGAGAAACGAGCCGGUUCGAUCCCGGUGGACGCCGAAGCCAGAGCAAAUCCUAAUACUUGAGUCCAUCUUCAACAGUGGGAUGGUGAACCCUCCAAAGGAGGAAACAGUGAGAAUCAGAAAACUGCUAGAGAAAUUUGGUGCAGUUGGUGAUGCUAAUGUUUUCUACUGGUUCCAAAACCGUCGGUCAAGGUCCAGACGCCGGCAGCGCCAAAUUCAGGCCAGUCUUAGCAGCGGUGAACAACCACAAACUCAGCCGUGGACUGGCUGUUGUGAUUCAAUCCAGUAUGAAAACACUACUUCAGCAGGUUCUUCGCCCUCCUUCUAUAAUUUCCCUAUGUCCUCGAGCUCCUGUUCAUAUGGUUCUUCUUCAUCUUGCACCGAAAAUGACGCUUCCAAUGGUAUGUUCUCAAUUUCCGGCCACUCGGCCCUCCCAGAAAUCGACCAAAAUCCUUCGGUUCAUUCAAGCUUUUGCCCCUCAGAUGUUUCUCAUUUACAGUACCAGUCAGGAUUGAUAACAGUUUAUAUCAAUGGAGUUGCUACAGAAAUACCAAGAGGGCCACUGGACAUGAAAGCAAUGUUUGGACAAGAUUUCAUGUUGUUUCAUUCGUCAGGCGCACCAGUUCAAGUCAAUGAAUAUGGAUUUCUGAUACAGAGUUUGCAGCAUGGUGAAAGCUAUUUCCUGGUUCCAAGACAUUCUUAA